AUGAAAGGUGAACUAUUUAUGUCAUCAGUCGAGGAGUCGGUCUCGAAAUCGAUGCAGGAGGGCAAAAUUCUGGUCGUCUACAACUCGAACGGAGAUGACUUGUGGUUAAAUUCGUGGUUCCAGAAUAGUAUUAAAGAUGAAUUAAGGAAGCAUGCUGUUUGGCUGAAAUUGGUGCGAGGAACUGAACAAUUUACGUAUUUUGAGCAGAUUUUUCCAUCUGUGGAAGUGCCCAGCUUUUAUUUGAUUCAAAAUGGUCAGAUUCUGUCAACUAUACAGGGAGAGGACCGUGAAAGGUCUCAUUGGAAUGAGCUUACGAACAAACUGGGUCUCGAGAAGAAACUUUCUGUUGCUUCUACCGUGCCUGCCGCCAAGACAUUUAAGGAACAGAUUAUUGAGACCACUCGGCAGAAAUACAAUGAACAGCUUUUGAGGGAGAAAAAGAAUGCCGAUGAAGAGAGGGAACGUAUCUUGAAACUGGUUGAAGCUGAUAGAGCAGAAAGAAGGGCUCGUCGUGAUCGUUCAGCGACAAAAUCUGCGGCAGAAUCUAAUGAGAUACACGACAAUAUAAAGAAUCCCCAAAAGCUGCAUGCCAAAACCUGUACUCUACUGAUAAAGCUAACAAACGGUAAGAGCAUCACAAGGGAGUUCGGGUCAAAGAGUACGUUGAAUGACGUGAGAAAAUGGGUGGAUAUAGCACGAACUGAUGGUGAUGGACCUUUUGCUUUCCAUAGAAGCAUACCACGAGUGACGUUUACAGACUCAGAUGAAUUAAGGAGCUUGGAAGCUCUUGAACUUUUACCCAGGUCAGUGUUAAUUAUCAAACCUUUGGACAACGGAUAUGGGGACCUUAAUGUAGCUGAGGCAAAGGGCCCUGGGCUUCUAGGCAAAGUUUUUAGUGGAAUCUCAUCCUGGUGGGCUAAAGACGGAGGAAAUUUACCCAAUACAACGAAUGUGGAAGAUCAAAAGGACAGCGCAGAGGAUGGGACGUUCAACCCGGACAUGUCUGCAAGUGGUGUGCCCACCGCCAAUGAUGAAAUCAUGCAUGGUUCACCAAAUUCCUCUAGGAUCGAUUCACCAGUUUAUUCAGCUCAUGAGUAUCACCUGAGGCACAAUCCUUCUGAGCUAAGUUUGCCUUCCAGAUGCGUCACGCCGAAUGUUUACCAUUUUGUUAAUGCAGAGGAUGAGGAUAAAGAUCGUUCCACAUACAACGGUAAUACCGUCAACCUAGAAAAGAAAAAAAAGAUAAUGAGUAAAUGCAUUGCUAAAUUAUUACUAAAUAAUGAUUAA